AGUUCGUAAUCAGCAUCUCGCACGAUGAGACAUCUUCUGUAUAGUGUAGUGAUUGUUUGCCUAAUUGUACAAGUGAAUUAUGUCUCGGCACAAGAAUUUUCUAUUCCUGAUAUAGAAUUUGAAUUCUUGAAACCGCGUGGCUUCCGAGCCAGCAUUCCCGACGUUCCCGGAAUAAAGCUGUUCGCCUUUCAUGCUCGCAUUAACAAGCCGUUCCAGCAGUUCGAAGAAGGUGAUUAUGCGGAUGACAUAACGGAACCGUCCGAGGAUGGUCGUUGGGUAUUUGAGACCACGAAAGCCACCAUCACCGAUGACCAAACUGUCCACUAUUGGGUAUACGUUCAGCACGAGGAUCGUUCCUAUUGGUUGGCCAAUCAGAAGCAGAAGCGGAAAGCAGCUUUAAAAACUACUACGACGACAACAACGACGACUACAACGGUGAAGCCGAAGGCGACCAAAACGACAAAACCGUCCGAAAAGAGCACUACAACCACCGAGGCACCAUGUGCCCCAACCGUUACCACCGUGAAUGGGAAACCCAGUUGCGCUGGACGAAUGGUUUUCGAGGAUACCUUCCAAACGUUUGACUUGCAGAAGUGGCAACGGGAGGUGCGAAUUCCUUUGGAUACGGAGUCGGCCGAGUUUUGUCCUAUCAGGAAUCACCGGAAAACAGCUACGUCGCCGGGGGGCACCUGUUCAUCGUGCCGACGCUGCUCAACAUGAAUCCGGACUUCAACGAGGAACGCAUCCGAACCGGGGAGCUGAUCCUUUCCGGCUGCAAAUCACCCACCAACAAUGAGUACGAGUGUCGCCGAAGGGCAGCCCUGUCCACCAUCCUGCCGCCGGUGGUUUCCGCCAAGCUGAACACCAAAAACAGUUUUCGCUUUCGAUACGGUCGAGUGGAGAUUCGUGCCAAGCUGCCCAAGGGGGAUUGGAUUUUUCCACAGUUACUGCUCCAACCGGCAGAAAAUUACUAUGGCUAUGCGGAUUUGGCUUCGGGGAUGCUGAUGGUGGCUCACGUCCUGUCCAAUGAGCAUCUGAUUACGCGGGAAGGCAUCCUCGUUGAUGGGCAUCGGUUGCGAGGUGGUGCCAUUUUAACGACCAAACCCAAACUGCGGGAUGCUUUUCUGAAGGCGAACGUUUUGGACGAGCAUUUCAGCGAUAACUUUCAUACCUAUGGACUUGUGUGGAAGCCGGACAGCAUCGCUCUGACCGUGGAUGGAUUCCAGUAUGCUACCCUGAGGGAUCGGUUCAAGCCGUACGGUGCGGCCAACAAUUUGACCCAGGCGAAUUUGUGGAAUCCGGACAAUGCCAUGUCACCGUUUGAUCGAGAGUUUUACAUAUCGCUUGGCGUGGGAGUCGGAGGUGUCACGGAUUUUCCCGAUUCGAGCAUGACGGGUCCGUUGCGGCAGCCAAAGCCAUGGAACAACACCAGCCCGAAGGCGGAGUACUUUUUCUACCAGAAUAGGAACGUGUGGUUUCGGACGUGGACCGAUCCGGAGCUGAAAGUGGAUUACGUGCGAGUGUACGCGCUUUGAUUAAAGUGAAGCCUGAACAGA